UUGACAGCGCUAUUUGCAACCUUAAACUUUCUACUAACUUAAAUACUGAAUGAAAUAAUUGAAACACACUAUAAACUGACAAUUAUUAAUUUUUUUGGACUUAAACAUCAGUUUUGACAUAUAACCUUAUAUAAAUAUCUCGUAUUAAAUCAGUACUAUAAAAUUCAUGUAUAUUCAAUCUGAAAUAUCGUAAAGAUUAUCAAAUAAAAUCAUGGCACCACACGCCAGAGGAAUUGAUCCUAAACUCGAAAAGGGCUGGAUACAUUCCAUCGAAAGAGAAGACGAAGUAAGAUUGAAAUGGUUUCGGAAACACGAAGAACGCUUGAACGAAAUAGCUAAUGCAACUUGUUCAAGGACCGUACCUGAAGAGGCUAAAGAGAAAUUCGCUAAGGGUUUGAUAGAAAAUUUUAGAAAUGUACAAAGAUUCAGUCGGAAGAAAGUUGAAGAGGCUGAACUGAUCAGUCCGGGGAAGUUAAUGGAUAUUAUGCGACCUGUUGAUCAUGAAGUAAAGAAAAUGAUAUACGAAAGAGAAGUUGACGGACGUAAAAGAUAUCUACAGAAAAGAGCACACCUGUUACCAGAAAAACGAUAUUACCUUCCAGAGUGUUCUAGUUGGAUAUACGGUUGGAAUAUAUUUGAUACAAUGAAAACUUUGAAGAGAUAUCCAUUCGGCAGAGAAGAAGUAAUAAAGCAUUCGUUUUAUAGAAGAAGAGGAAUCGAACGAGAGCCCGAUUGGUAUCGCAAACCAGCUGCUUUUAGUCCAAACAUAUGUACGGCGGAAUAAAAUAAAAAAUUAAGUAGCCGCAUUUGUUUUGACUUGAAUAUAUAAUAAAUGAAAA